AUGAUAAUCCCUUCACUUCUCUUUAAUCAUCCUGACUGCAGGGAGGUGCAGAAAGCAGUGAAUACUGCCCAGGGGCUCUUCCAGAGGUGGACAGAGCUCUUGCAAGAACCCUCUAUAGCCACAAGAGAAGAAAUCGACUGGACCACUAAUGAGCUCCGGAACAAUUUGCGGAGCAUUGAGUGGGACUUGGAAGACCUGGAUGAAACAAUUAGCAUUGUGGAGGCCAACCCUCGGAAAUUCAACCUCGAUGCCACCGAGCUGGGCAUACGCAAAGCCUUCAUCACGAGCACGCGGCAGGUGGUCAGGGAAAUGAAGGAUCAGAUGUCAAACUCCUCCAUGCAAGCACUGGCUGAAAAAAAAAACAGGCAGGCACUCCUGGGAGAAAGUGGAAGUCAGAGCUGGAGCUCUGGACCUGACAAAUACAGCCGCCUGGACCGGGAUCUGCAGUUAGCAAAUUCGCACUUCAUUGAGGAACAACAAGCUCAACAACAGCUGAUCGUGGAGCAGCAAGAUGAGCAGUUGGAGCUGGUCUCCGGCAGCAUCGGGGUGCUGAAGAACAUGUCACAGCGCAUCGGCGGCGAGCUGGAGGAGCAGGCGGUGAUGCUGGACGACUUCUCUCACGAAUUAGACAGCACCCAGUCACGGCUUGAUAACGUCAUGAAGAAGCUUGCAAAAGUGUCCCACAUGACAAGCGAUCGACGGCAGUGGUGUGCAAUUAUCAUCCUCUUUGUUAUCUUGCUGGUGGUGCUCAUCCUGUUUUUUGUCCUGUGAUGGACUGAACUUCCUUGGACACCCCCCUUCCCCUCCCCCUGCCCUCUUAAGAUGGGGAUAUGAAACUGUUGCUGUUUCCGUCCGCCCUCAGAGAUCCCCAUGGAGAAAACCCGCGCCCAGCUCUUACCAUCCUGCUCU